AUUCCUUCCUUCCUUCCUUCCUUUAUAACAUUCUUUAAAAGCUACCUUAAAUAUAUACAUAUUUAUACAUACAUACAUACAUUAUCUACAUUUAUAUUAUAUACAACACAAAAACAUCACUUUAUAUUCUAUGGAUCCUUAUUACGAGGAAACCUUGGUAGAUUCUUCAGAAGAAUAUGAGGACCCUCACUGCAAUGGUUGUCUUCAGCCUAUUGAAGAUGGUUCAGUUGUUCAGUUUGGAGAAGGAAUCUGGCAUUUCGAAUGUUUCCGUUGUGCGAAAUGCCGAAAAUUAGUUGAAUGCUACAGCAACCAUUUACUUCUUCGUGAUGGAAGUCCCGUGUGUGAGGAUUGCUCAUACAGCUGCCACUCAUGUCACAAAACAAUCAAGGACGAAGCUAUCAUGACAGGGGAGGAGGCUUAUCAUGCCGAGUGUUUUCGAUGUGUUCAAUGCCAUGUAAAGAUUGAGGACCUCAUAUUUACUCAGACUAGUAAGGGUAUCUUUUGUACAUCUUGCCACGAGAUACGCAAACAAUUACGACAGAAACGGAAAGAGGAGCGGCUUCACAGAAAUCACAGUCUUAGUCGAAACACAUCACUUGAAUCUGAAGGCAGAAGAGUAAAAUCCCCCCAACAGACCACAAACAUGUCCAAUUCAAUCCCCAAAAACAGCGAAUCCCAGGUCGGAUCAAAGAAUGCUGCACCAUCAAUAUUAACCUUUCAGGAGCUGGCAGACCUCAAUAAUAUGCUUAGUAAAGUUUUGGAUUCUGGAAUUGGAGAAGAUUGCCCACCAGAGAGACGCUCAAUGGACACCACACCAAGUCCUCCACAGACACGCUCCACAAUACCACUUGGUACACGCAACCAACCAAACCAAGCAGAUGCACCUAAUACAGAUGGUGAUCUCAUGGCAUUACAAACCCCUGCCCUCAAUAUGCCUCCCAAAAGAGAAUACGGAACUAGGGAAGUUGAGGCAAUUAGACAAGAAUUAGAAGCAACAAAAGCUCGUCUAAAGGAUGUUGAAAGCAAAUUCGCAAACGUAAAGACAAUCAGUAGAAAAGCGCUUGGUGAAUUUAAUGCUGUCAAAGAAGGAUUUGCAGCUGAAGUUGUGGCACGGAAAGAAGCCGAAGAGCUUGUCCUCAAGCUACAGCGUGAACUGUCGUUUUACCAACAGGCUAAUGCUAUGGGAACUGGCCAAUUUAUGGAUCUCUCAAAAGAAGAAGUCGGGCAGUUGACGCAGUCUAAAAUCCAACUAGAACAAGCGUGUGAGGAUUUACGAAAUCAACGUACUCAAUUUUUGGCAGAGUUAGAUACAAUGUCACAAACUAUCCAGGAAAAUUCAGCAAGUCAAACUGUAGAAAGUCAAAAGGAUCGCCUACAGAACUCUUAUCAGCAGCAACUCGGUUCUAUUCGUAAAGACAUUGACAAUAUGCGAUCUGGUUAUGGGAAACUCGUUAAGGCACGCAACGACAUAAUUACUGAGAUGAUCAUGCUCAAUACAAAAAAUGCUGAGUUAACCUCACUGAACAACGAUCUCUCUCGACGUGUGACCGAACGAGAACGCGAAGCUGUAGCAAUCAUGGCUGGUACAAGUUUCCUGACUACAGACCCAAAUGCGGAUAAGGAUAAUAAGAAAUCCAAAGUAUCAUCAUCAUCGUCGUCGUCAAAUGAAGUGGAUAAGACAGCUCCAGAAAACACUACCACCACCACAGCAUCAUCAUCAUCAACAACAAGUAGACAAAUGGCUCAAAGAGAUAGCUUUAGCGCAACUGAGGCUCCAAGGCUGUUCAAAUUCAGACGUAACAAAGGCAAUAAGAACAAAUCCAAGGAAAAAGAUGCUUUAAUUAGCAUACCUUAUGAUCCCAACCCAGGCCGUCCCAUGGAAACCAUAACAGAAAGUUUAAAAAAUCACACCCACAUCCAGAACCAAAAUCAAAAUCAAAAUCAAAAUCAGCAACAAAAUCAACAACAAAAUCAACAGCAGCAGCAAUCUUCCAAAGAUUCUUCUGAGGUGGUUUAUCAUCGAGUGGGUGGGCACAAUUUCUUACAGACAAAAUUUAUGCGACCAGUAAAAUGUGAAGCCUGCAAUGAAAAGAUGUGGCGCGUGAGUGAGCUAAAGUGCCAAGACUGUGGUGUAAUAACCCAUUCAAAAUGCGUUUACAAUGUGAACCUGGCCUGUAGCCGAAAAACGAGUUCAGAUUCAAAGAAUGACGGCGAUAAUUCACAAAAAGUUGUUAUCUUUGGUACCGAUUUAAUCAAACAGGUUCAAUUCGAAAAAGCCACUGUACCAUUGGUCGUAUUAAAGUGUAUUGCUGCAGUAGAAAUGCGAGGGAUGGAUUAUGAAGGAAUAUAUCGAAAAUCUGGUGGGGCUGGACAGAUGCGUUUGAUCAUGCAAGCGUUUGAACAAAACGAUGUUCCUAAUCUGCUAGAUGAAGAACGAUGGAAUGAUAUAUGUGCCGUGACAAGUGUGCUGAAGCAGUACUUUAGAGAGCUUCCAAAUCCAUUAUUCACCUUUGAUGGACACACCAAAUUCAUGGAGGCCAUUAUGCUUUCUGAUGCAGCGGAACAGAUAAAAAUGUUUGGAAAGGCUAUCCAGUCUCUACCCAUAGAGCAUUACAAUACACUUAAAUGCUUAAUGCUGCAUUUGAGCAAUGUACGCAAGAGAAGCAGUGAAAAUCUCAUGACAUCAAAGAACCUCGCUGUCAUAUUUGGACCAACAUUAAUGCGCCAUGAAGAUGAAAAGCGUGAUUUGGUUGAGAUGAAUCACAAAAUUGGAUCAAUUGAGUUUAUUCUCAACAACAUCGAUACCCUCUUUACAGAACCCACUCCAGACGCACUCCAGUCAAACCGCUCUACACCUCUUCCAACUUCACGCCCUGCUUUGCCAGCUGCAUCCUCUGCAAUUAGACACAGGCGUGAGGCAUCCUGUGACAAUCUCGUCCGUUCAUUUCCACCUGCAGUUCCACCACGGGAAAAUGCAGGAUAUAUAUAGCAGCAUUUCUAUCCCUUUCUAUAAACACGCACACACACACACCUUACUCUUUCUUUCUUUCAAUUCACUUCUUGUAAAUAUAGGACUUACAAACAACAACAACAAAAGCCGUAUUUUUUUAUCUUUAUUUUUUUGCUGGCCAAGUACGCGGCUCUUUAUUGAUUCAAAUUAAAAUUUAUAUUUAUAUUGUAUAUUUAGCCCUUUUCCUUUUUUUUAAAAAUAUAUAUAUAUAUCUUUUUUAAUGAUAUUUACUAUGAUUUUUAUGAUUAUUCACAAUUCAACUUCUUUGUGUCAUUAAAUACAUUAAAAAAAAGGUUUACUUG